CACCAUCUGGCUAGCUAGGUAGCUUAGGAAAAUCUUUCUCUCGAUCGUUUGGUUCGCGCUGCUGCAGCUCGCUGCAUUCCGAUCGAGCUCAGUUCCUGCGAUCCUGUGUCUGUCCAUGGCCGCCGCUGCUGAUCGCAAGGGCACUCAAGCCUCGCAAUCGGCACGCUCGUCGGAUGACCCCGACCAGCCGGCGAAAGACGACGGACGCGCAAUGACUCUGGCUCUCGACGGCCGGUUAGCCAGCUGCUGGAUCUUCCUUGCGUACAGCUUGGUACAGACGGCGCGCCGGGUGCGCGACAGGCCCUGGGACCUGGCGUUCGUCGUCCUCGCCUACGCCGAUCUCGCCGCGCUCUUCUGGUGCCUCCCGCGGGCCGAGCGGCUGCCUCCGCCGCCCUCUCCGGCCGGAGGGGAAGAAAGACGGCGGCUGCAGCUCGCCGUGUGGGCGCUUUCCACCGCCCUCAGCUGCGCGUUAGCUCACCGGGUGUCGCUGAUCAUGCCCGCCGCCCUCGUGAUCGUCGUCUGGAGCAUGACUUCGUUCGUCGUGCUCGUUGGUUUCUAUCUCUUAGUGGUUUGCAAGGAUCAAGGGUACCGUGUCUUGGAGGACGACGACGGCGGCGGCGGCGGAGACGGGAAGGGCUUCGACAAGAAGAUUGGCGCUGGUGACGAAUUGGUGUAGGACGGAAGCUAGGAAUUGCUCGUCAUUUUCUUCGCAUCUGUUCUGAUACUUUGACAAUAUCUGGCUUAAGGGUGGAAAAAGUGAGGCUGGGUCCGGCAGACCCUCGGUUGGUCCACCAUAAUAAGGUCUGUAGAUUGUGAAAAGCAGCUUAUGAAUUAUGGAUUGUAAGAAAUUAGAUUGUAAAAUCUAAAUCGUAAAAACUGGAUCGUGGAUUAUUACAAUUUGGUGGAAGACAGAUUGUUGGAUUGUUACAAUCUAUGUGUUGGAAGUAACAAUUCAGUUUUUCCAACCAGCUGUUUGUUUCAGUUUUUGGAUUGUGAUCAGAAUCUAGCUUUUACAAUCCAACUGUUUAUUUCAGUUUUUAAAUUUUGAUCACAAUCCAGCUUUUAUAAUCUGAAACAAACAGAGUCUAAGACCAGAACCUUAUUGAAUUACAGCUUGACAAAUCUGGAUUGAGAGGCUCUAACUGAGCUCUUGAAUGCUCUUGGCUACCGUAACGAUAAGAAUGAAUUCCGACGUGAGCAUUCCAUCUUACAGUAAUCCCAUACCGAAUUGUGUUUGAUGAUAACAAAGCUGAAAUGUACAUCAGACUUGUUUGCUAGAAAUGUUUG